GGCCACCGGAAGCGACUGAGGGAGAGCGAGAGGCUGCGACUGUAGGGUUGUGUGGGUGCAGGGUUAAGAGACGCAGGCAUGCUGCGUCCCAAGGCUUUGACGCAGGUGCUAAGCCAGGCCAACACUGGAGGAGUCCAAAGCACUCUGCUGCUGAAUAAUGAGGGAUCGCUGCUGGCCUACUCCGGUUAUGGGGACACUGAUGCCCGGGUCACCGCGGCCAUCGCCAGUAACAUCUGGGCCGCGUACGAUAGGAACGGGAACCAAGCAUUUAAUGAAGACAGUCUCAAAUUUAUCCUCAUGGACUGCAUGGAGGGCCGUGUAGCCAUUACCCGGGUGGCCAACCUUCUGCUAUGUAUGUAUGCCAAGGAGACUGUAGGCUUCGGAAUGCUCAAGGCGAAGGCCCAGGCCUUGGUGCAGUACCUGGAAGAACCCCUCACCCAAGUAGCAGCGUCAUAGCAGUGUGAUGGAGGCUGGAGUAGAAAAGGGACGGGGGUCGGGAGGGGCUCUGGAGAUGUCUUCCUGGGCCAGGCACAGGAAGGUGGGGGUUUGACUUUUUGUGAAUAAAUUUCAACUCUUGCCUGUG